GGGGUCCUCUAAGGUGCUGACUUCCAACCGCCAGCUGUCAAUGGAUGCUAACAAGAGUGCUAAUUUUGCGAGCACUUUAUUUGUCAUUUUAAAUUAUUUUUCGCGUCUAGCAGGCUGGGUCGUUUUAAACACCAGUACUCAAUGUGAACUUAUCUGACUGCUUUGCUGCAUAUAUUUUGUUUUUGUCGUCUCUAUUCUCGUUUUUUAGUGGCGAUCUGCUGACAAGUGGAAGCUUGCCGGCUAGCUUGUUGUUAGCUGCGCUUGGAGCUGGUGCAGAAAAACAGCUUUUCUUGUUUGGGGGGCAGUGUUCAAAGCUGGAUCAUGCAGCUUCAUCACGGAGAUUAUAUCGUACAGCGAGCAUUUAAAGCUUUUAAUCAUGCUUUCUUAACAGUGUGAAUCUAUAUUAGAUAACGCUGGAUCAAUUGCAUACUUUUCAAAGUCACCCAAAUCUGUUUAUCCCAGAUGACCUCCUCUGUGGUGUUUUUUUAAAGAACUACUGGUAGGAUUUACCGAGUGUAAUAAGUGUUAAACGACGUGUUUAUAUCCGUAAACAUGGACAAGAAAUCAUUUGAUAUCGUCCUGGAUGAGAUUAGAAAAGUAAGGAGUGAUCAACCCCAGUUUGUGUUCAAGUUUUUUUUUUCUUUGAAAAGCAUAUUUAACCUGUCUCUCUCUCUCUCCAUGUGUGUUAUUUCUCUGUUUAUUCAGUGCGUCCUGACCGAUCAGAGGAUCAAAGCCAUUGAGCAGGUGCAUGGAUAUUUCUCCAGUGAGCAGGUAAAUCAUUAAACAGCAGUAUCUUUAUCUUAUGUUGCCAUAACAUAUUGAACAAUUACACAAUCCAAUACAACAGCUCUAUCAAAAAUACUGUUUUUACAAAGCGUCUUGAUUUUCAGUUUAUGUUGACAUGGUCAGACAGGUGAUAAGUUGUUUGAAUUAGUUGUUGUUGUAGUGAGUUUAGUGGUGCACUGGAACACCUUUCACUACCACAUCAUCAAUCAUCAAGUAGGGGAGACCGGGGCUUGUUGUCACACUUUUUACAUUCUUAUAUAUUUCUUGGAAUCAAUACAUCAUAUAAUAUAUCAUAACAAAAUUUGUUCCAGAUGAAAGACCAAAGUCUCAGGUAUAUAUUUUGUAUUCAUGUCAUUUUCAUAUCUUGUGUAAGUGCAGAAUUAUAAGCAAUCAAAUAGAGAGUGUGAACAUGUGACAUGUUGCCCCUCCAUAGUGUAAGAUGUCACAGUGGAUUUUGCAGCUAACAAAACAAAGACAAAAUUAUUGCUGUUCUCAUUUUUUUACUUGAAAGUGAACAUCCAAAUUUGGUACAGAGAAUGUUUAUCAUUGAGAAAGAAAAAGUCGUUGAGCAAACGUUAACAUAAAAUAUUAUGCAACAUGCUCUGGAGUUUGGAGAGCUGCCUGACUCUGUAUUUUGGCUGGGGUGAAUGUCUUUGCUGUACUGAGCCAAAGUAUGGUAGUUGACAUUAAAGUCAUUUAUUGUACUCCAGAUUGAUUUAUUAGCUAGGGUCACCUGUCUGACUGUCCUCAGCGUCACGUCACAAACUGCACUGUCACGUUCAGUUUUUCUUUUGAGAUUCCUGACCAUGUCUUCUCGCUUUCCCCUCCCCUUUAAACCACUCUUUUCUCUGUUAAAAUAACGUCAAAGUUUCAUUAUGACAACUGCUGAUAAGCAGACUCUCUAUGUUCAUUUGAAUCCCUUUUAAACAUGUGACAACUAACCCAAAAAUCACUGAGACAUGUUGCCCUAAACUAUCAUGUUUGCUAAUUCUAGCUCUAGCUUAAAGUUAGCUAAAAACAGAACAACAACAACAGAACACUGAGGUAUGACAGGAUGCCUUAAUCUCUUCUCUAACAAGUCCACAUGUAUCACUGCCAGGAUUUUUAUUUGGAAGAAGCUUAUCUUAAAAUAUGUAAAGCUAAUUUUUUUUCAUUGGGUUGUGCAAAAUGGUUAAUUGGCACUCAUCUCAGCUCACUAGAAAUAAAACGAGUAUUCCACUUUUUAGUUGCGCCCUCUGGUGGCAAAGAUAAUUGAAAUGUGACAACUUAUCCAUGUGACAACAAGCCCUGGUUUCCCCUACAUCAUCAAUCAUCAAUAAUCGGCUUUCUGAUAUGUUGACAAGAACUUAAUAUAAUGUUCAGAAGCUCCCUAAAAGUUGAGUUUGUGGUAGAGCUGUUGCAUUGAAGUCCCUUAGAUUGCCAUGGUGUUCAUUAUAUUAUGGCUGGUUGGUGUAUUUACUUUAGUAUUAUCAAAGAAUCCAAGGAAAGGCACUUUCAUGUAAUUGUUAAAUGCAAAAAAAAGUUAUGCUGAAAACACAGAAAACAUAAAACUCUGAAAACCUUUUUUAUUUACAUACUUGUAUAUCAAUACUGUUACAAGUUCCUUUUCCACUUCUCCCAAACGAAAAGCAAUGCAGAUCCACUGUUAUGAAUUGUAACAAUGUUUUGAAUAUCCACAGGUGAUGGAGAUUCUGAAGUACUUCUCAUGGGCAGAGCCUCAGGUCAAAGCAGUGAAAGCGCUGCAGCAUGUGAGUAUCAGGUGUUAUAAUGAAUGGGAUUUUGGAGUGUGUGGUUUGCUGUUGUAGAUAUCCAUUGAUGUCUGAAACAGAAGUAUGUCACCAUUCUCCAUAACUUGCCUGGUUUUAAAGUAUGAGCUGAAUGUGCUUUUGUUACCUGUUUCCUGCAGAAAAUGGUUGCAAUUCCUACAACCAAGGUUGCAAAUAUUUUAAACUGCUUCACCUUUUCCAAGGACCGUCUGAUUGUGUUGGAACUAAUAGCUUUGUGAGUAAACUCUUAAAAAGCAUUUAAGUACAUUUGAUGGGCUUUAAAACACAAAAUUAAAAUUCUUGUGCAAUGUCAGUCAUGUUAUACUGUAAUUGGACUUUGAAGUGGCUUGGUAAAUAUUGCAAUUUUUUUCUCUCAUACAGGAACAUCUCAGAUGCUCAAAAUUUUCGCCCUGUGGAGGAUCUGUUUCGUAUACACUCGUCUGAGAAGAAACGAGCCCGCAGGAUACUGGAGCAAGUAAGAUAGUCCUUUGAAAGUCAACCUUGUAGGGUUAUUUGUAUUUUAGGUAUCUCAUCUGGAGUCCCCUUGGAAGUAAUUGCUUAGUAAGAUGCAUCAGGAUGUGUAGCUGAUGCAUUGAAAAUAUAUAAACCAAUCUAAAAUCAGUCCGUCAAAAGUUGUACUAUGCAUCUCUGAACACUUUUGUUCUUACAUUUUAAAUACUUAUUUUUUUAUCACAGUCCAGAAUUUCUCAAAAAUAAGACUUCUGUUUUACUAGGUGUAUAAAGUUGGCUGCAAGGCUCCUGUAGCUAUGAUCUCAUCCUGUGGUAUGAUACCAGGAAAUCCAUACCCUAAAGGCAGACCCAGUUUGGUCAGUGGCACAUUUCCUGUAAGUAUGCAUUUUCUCUUCUUGAUACAUUUCUGUAAAAGCUUCCCAUUCAAAAAAUAUCUGCGCACAAACUAUAUCACAUUACAGCAGUGGGAUUAUGAAACCCUUGGUAAGGGUGUGGAUCUCCACUGUUUCAUGUAUUCAACCUCUAUGUCUCAUCAUACGUUAACAGAGUAAAACACAGAAUUAUUAACCAUUGCAAAAGUACAAAAAGAAACUCUUUAGAGGUUAGUCUGGUGUAAUGAUUGACAUUUUACCUUGGAUGCUGCCUCUCACAGGGUUAUUUUUAUUCUAAAAGUUGUUCAACAACAGUUUGUUGAUUACACAUAUAAGCGCAACACUGUAAGAAAUAAGAUUCACAAACCUUUUUUUUCCAGAUUGGAAUCAAAGUUUACAGCAAAAAAAGGAUAAACGUUUUUUUAGCCUGAGUUUAUUAUUUGUCUAAACUUUUUUAAAAACUUUGAUUCAUUCAUGACCACAGGGAAUUCCUCCUGUAAAGAAAGACGCCGAGAAGAAAGACGACGCCUCUAACAGUAUGGAGGGGAAAGGAAUUGCGUCACGCAUUAUUGGACCAUUCAAACCAGUAAGCACGGGUGAUGUAACAUCGGCGGAUUGACAUAAAGAAGUCCCAUGACUGAGUGAUGAGGCCUCACAUGACUGAUCACAUGACUUUCCUUUGAUAAAACAGGCUGAGCUUUGUUUCAUAAGCAGUUGAUAAAUCGUUGUGGGAAUGCUGAAAGGAUUCAUCUCACAGUAGUGUGUAUUAGCAGGAUAAUGACAUAUAAAAGAAUCCAUUAGAGCUGCACCCUUUUUCUUGAUAAUUCAGACGUCAUUGUGUCCAUUAUAACCUCUAAUACUUCAUCAUUUCUCCUGUAUGAAUUAUAACUUUCUUAGAUUUUAUGAACAUUAGAGAAUUACCUUUCUGCAGCAGCAAAUAACUCAUUUAUUGGCUUGAAAAUAAAAAUAGAAAUGAGUCUCUUCCCAUAAUAUUCUCUUUUUACAAAGUGUUUUUAUUGACUUUUAUAAACUUUGACUUGUAGAGGUCAAAAUGUAGUGAUUAGAAAUUAAUCACAAAAUUUGCUUCUCAGAUAAAUGUUGCAUUUUUUUUCUUUUAUAGUUUCCUUCAACCUACAACCCCCAUCGGCCGGUGCCUUACCCUAUACCGCCUUGUCGACCUCAUGCUACCAUCGCUCCCAGUAAGAAACAACACACUUACACUCUAACCCUUACAGUAAACCCACACUGUGUACAGUUUGUCAGUGAUUUAAUCACGUAUGCUUUGAGUGGGUUUUAGGCACUGCAUUUAGGUGUAUUUUUCCUGCUUUCAGGGGUCGGGUUGGGUACAGUUUAUCCUGAAGUGCUUGUGUUUGUGUGGGAGUCAGUAUUCUGUGUAUUCAUGAAUAAGUGGUGGACAUUUAAUAUUUGCAACUGCCACUCAGGUGCAUACAACAACGCAGGCCUUGUUUCUGUGGGAGGGGUUAUAACAGCCAACGUGCCCCCUCCCCCCUACAACUCCACCCACAAAGUGGCAGGUAUGACCGAAGUGUGUGCGGGUUUGUGUGAGGCAGCGAGUAGGCACUCUUUGAAGCUUGCUGGCUAACUACCUGGCAUGCCGCUUACCUGCGCUUCUCAGGUGAAGAAUGUGCUUUUUUUCGACUCUGCCAGAGACACUGAGUGACCAGAAAAAUCUGUUCCCAUGCAGUCCUAUUACAAUUUUGUCUUAUUUGAUGCAAUACAAAUUUUCCUUCACCAGUAUAUAUAAAAGUAAAGAAGGAACAAAACAGAUGAACAAAUGAAUAUAAAAAACGUCACCACCAGAUAAAUUCAAGAGGAACUCGUAUGUUUUUUUUCCAAGGCUGUAUUUUAUCGCUGUACGAUGUGCAGCUCCUUCUGCUUUCUGGUCAGUCAGUGUAAAUGUCUGUUCUAGUGAAUUAUGUGAAGGAGUCCUUGGCUGCUUGGACUGGGAAUAGCUUCAGACUAAUAUCAUCAAUCUUUUUUUUUCCUUUCUGGAAUCAUGCUCCAUGCUGGCAUUUAACCUGCAUUGCUUGGGAUAACUUAUUGUUUUGGCACUCCUGUUGCGUCCUCUUUUUUAUUUUUUUAUACUUCCAGUAAAACACACAUUUUAGAACUUUUGGGAAGACAUAAAUAAAACUGUAGUUGUAACAAAACCAAAAUGUGGCAUUUUGUCCUACAAAAACAAACAAAAAAAGUCACAUUUUAAUCCAGCUGUAGUUCCUGGUAAUGAAGGUGACAGUGUUUAGAUUUAACUCUGACUAAAUGCCCACAUCCAUCCCUAGUGAGUACAGGGAAUCCAUUCUAAGCAUACCUGACAACAUUUGGGUUUAAAAAUCAGGGAUAUUUUUGCGGCACGUGUUGGGCAGUUUUGGGGUUACCUUGUAUGGUAGAUCACACAGAAUGAGGAAUGCUCUCAAGCUAUCUCUGCUUGCUGUGUCUCCUCUUUCCUUUCAUAUUUUAAGUGGUUCCUAAUGUAUUUUGUGCUGUUUUAUUUCUGAGAGUUGUUGAAUUUUGGUUAAUUAUAUUCUAAAUUUACUUUUUUUUAGACGAUAACAUGUUUUAUCAGAGUCACGAGGAUAACAAUCUUCACCCGUUUCGAUCUUUUUUCUGCCUCCAGGUUACGCCAAACCUGGUAAUCCCCAGAUCACCACACCUGGAGUCAACAGUGGCCCCCUCCUCAUUCCUCCUCAUGGAUCCACACCUUCUACCCCUGCCCAGCCACAGGCCUCCCCUGCUCAACCGACCCCCACUACCCCCAUCACUCCAGUUUUCCCAGGCAUGGUGCCUUCUCACAACCCUAAUGCUCCCUCUCCCUCCCCUGCUCCAUCUCCAUCUGUGAUAAAAGCGGGACCUCAGACCCCCGGCGGGCAUGCUCCACUCACGCCCUCCUCUGUCAUCAAAGCCCAUACCCCUUCAGGUACCCCUUGUGGAACUCCUGUCCCAGGCAGCCAAGGUUUCCCGUCAUCUCCCUUCCAUGGGGUUUCCAGACCGACCACCCCUGCUACCUCCCGCGGUGGCCCGGACCAUUUAUCUCAGACUAACUCCAUGGGCUCCAGUCAACAGAGGGUUUUUCUGCAAUCCACAGACCACCAAUCAGGAUCCACACACCCUGGCAUACACCCACAAGCAGGUAACCCCUCUGGCUCGGUGAUCAGAAGCUAUACCCCCUCUGGACCGCAGUCUCUUACUCCUGGAUCAUCUAACCCAGCCAUCCCAAACUGUUCCACUCCAGGCCCCAGUCCCAAACCCUCCCCUGUUCACGCUGCACAAGUCCAAGCUGCCAUGGUCGCAGCCAUGAAUAGACACAGUGGGGGUAGUAACAGUGGCAGUAACAGUCCCGUACCCUCUGCUUUUAAGGGUGCGUCUCGCUCUGGAACACCAUCUGUUAGUUCUCUGGUGGUCCCGGGUUCUGCACAGGCUGCUCUUGCACGUUCAUUUGGUCUGUCACAUCCCUCAGGUUCACCUCAGGUCUCGCUCUCGAAUCCCGUUGCCAUUCCUGGUCUCCAGGCUUUGUCCUCCAGCCCAGCACCUUCACAUUACCCCGGCCUCUCCCCCUUCUCCUCACUUACCCCUUCUCUCCCACCCUCUACCAUCUCUGCAUCCAUGUCCACGAUGCCUCCCACCAGCAACAUGUCUAACCAUCCGCCAACCUCCAUCUACUCAGGCCUGGCUCCCAACGCCGCCCCAAGUGCAGCCUCCCCUUUCGGUCUAGGCCUCACCUCAGCCCCUUCAAUAUUCCAAGGCCUCCAGCCUGGCCCGAGCCCCGCUGCCUUCCCUGGGUUGGGGGUCUCAAGUGGACAUAGUGCCGGUAGCCCAGUAUUGUCUUCUUUCAUGGGGCUACCAGGGGCCACUCCGUCUUCAGUAGCAUCUGUGGCACCACUGCAGGCUGCUGCAGCCGCUGCUGCCGCUGCAGCUGGAGUCCCAUCUUCAUCGCCAGUUUUGCCUGGAUUUGCAUCUGCUUUCAGCUCGAACUUCCAGCCUGGGUAUGUGAAAUUUUCACGCACAGUGAACUGAAGUGAUUUGUGUUUCCUUAUUAAAAUGAACCCUCAAGAUUCCUUCAUGAUAAAGGCUGGAGCAGAAACUAGCUUUCUUACAACCCUGUACGUCCAUGUCAUAGUCUGUGAUUUUUCCAUUGGUAGAAAUCUCUGUAGUUUGAGGACAUGAGAUUGCCACUCACGUCAUCCAUGGUCACAUUUUUUCCAUUUCGUUUUUUAUGUUCAAAGUGGAAACACUGCACCUACAAAGUGCUAAGUCCACUACUCCAAAGGAGUGUUAGGCGUAGACUUUGGUUCGUGUUGUCGGGAAGAGUUACUUGCCCCCACCCAUCAUUAUCAGCCAUUUACUUAACAUGUGAUCUUGUUAACAUACAAGCACCAGCCGGGCUGAUGUUUCGUGCAUGUGAGUGACCCGCUCGCAGGAGCUGUUUCCUUUGGAUUCAAACACCUGGAAACAAUGUAGUAGUGGAGUAACAAGAGACAAAAGUGACAUAUCUAAAUACAUAACACUUGUAUUUGUGUUAUAAUACCACUUUUAUAAGAUACUAUCAUGAGUCAUUUGGAAUGAAAUACAAAUAUUGUUAGAUUGUGCUUUAAAUCAGGUAAUAUAAACAAACCAAAAAAAGGUUUUCAGUGUAAAUAUCUCAGAAUCUUUUUCUUUUAGAGUCAAAUGAGAACCAUGAACUUUUUGAGUCUUCACUAGUUGCCUGCACAUUAAUAAGAUAAACUGUCCUAUUACCCCUAAGCUUAUUGAUAUUUUAACACCUUGGAUUUUCAAACCAUUAAACCAAUGACAUGGUAAGGCGUUAAUUAGUAUGAAAUUGAAAGUUUAUUUUGGUCUGCAUGAAACAUUACAAAGCCAUAUAUACAAAUCACAAACAAAAACACAUGAAGAGAUUUGGGUUAAAAAAAAUCAGUUGAUCAUAAACUGAUUGAAAAAUGUGUGGGUUGAAGUUGAAGCUUAUUGGGGUCACUCUCAGAUGAUAUGUGCAGCAUAGGCAACCCUGUUCAACUACAUUAAGUAGGUCUUGAUACAACUAAUCAUGUCUACACCAAACACAAUCAAGGUCCCCAAAAACAUUACAAGAAUGAAGAGAAGUCGCCCUUAGUGUUUAAGUCUUUCAAUGACCAUGUUUUGUUUGUAGUUAUUAUUAAGCACUUUUUAAAUGCACUGAUCUGCUGUGUUUAGAAAUAGAAAUAAAAAGACAUUUGUAAGGACAAGCACACUGUGAUCAUAUUUUCAUGCAUCUAGGUUAUUGAAAUCUUAAGGUGAAAACGUUUAGGGUGACAAACACACAUACACAUUCCUUGUAAACAAUGUGCAGUCCAAAAGUUGUCAUCGUGUGUUUCAGGUUGAGCAGUGGACUCCAGCCUCCAGGAAGCAGUGGGUUCCCUGGCUUACUCUCCUUCCCAGGGGUACCAGGCUUCUCUCCCUCUGCCUCCCCUGCUGCGCUCGGUGGUCUCCACAACCCGACCAUGCAGUCUGCCCUGCUGCAGGUACUCUCUCUCUCUCACUGUCCCUCUUUCUCACACACACACACACUAUUGUUUUGCAUAGUAACAGUAUUUAAAUGUCAGUUUGAUAAAGCCUCGCCGCUGCUUUUCUUUGCCUCCUCCUAGGCUCAUCCCACGACAGCUUUGGAGAGUUUUCCACCUCAGCCCAACACUUUCACCAACUACCCUCCAGGACCAGGAAACCCCUUCCCCCUCCAACCAGGCCUGCACCCUCAGUUGGGUUGGCAGUAAAACACCCGGUCCUUUUUAAAUCACUGAAAACACACGUAUUUUUCCACCCGGACAGUUCAUUGCUUUGAGAAACACUAUCAUGAAAACAGAUGAAAUGAGUGUGUGAGGAAGAUGGUGUAUGUCCCUUUAUUUUUCACGGUGAUCAGUUGUAAAUACUAGUUGUUACAGUUGUUAGGUUUUACAAAUAGACUGUGAAUGGUUUAAUGUUAGCUAGACUUGCCUGUUUUUAAACAAGCUAUGAACAUUCAUUAGUGAACUAUGAAUUAUAGAAAAUUGAAAAUUAUACAUGAUAUCAUGUAACAACCAGAGUAGUCCCAUGAGGUAGUAUGAAAUGAAACUUUAGACCACUCACGGUAUGUCAAACUGAUGAUAUUUUGAAAUUGGUGAGCUGUACACAAAAACUCGUGUAUGUUAUUUUGUGUUACUUUCAUCACGCUAACACGUGGUUGACAGCAGUUUACAUUUUGUAUGUUUACAAAGUCCCUCUCGACAGUUUCAGUACUUUUACCGCAGUAUUGAUCCAUGAACUUUUUAAAGAUGUUGCGUUUAUCAGCUUGAAGUAUUUGUUGAUUGAAAUCAUGUUGAAGUCAGAAUCAGAAUAUCUGCUACCAACACAGUGAGAAGAGUUUUUAUUUACUGUACAACUCAGUAUAAUGAGACAGCUGCUUUACUGUCUUCAGAGGUUUUUGUUACGUCGUAUGUUUUCAUCUAUUUUGACCUUGUUUGUAUUUGCACCUGUUUUUAUUGUUUGGUCAGUAAACUGUCGGUUGCUGUAGC